AUUAAAUAAAUAAAUAAAUAAAUCUCCCUCGCGCCUUCAAAAACUGCACUCUCUCUCGCCCAGUCAACCUUAGUCAUCACUUCCAACUCACUUUUGCUCCACCACCUUCACCGCCCUCCGCCGCCACUCUCCGGCACCGCCGUCACCAUAUCUCCGCCGCCAACAUUUUCCCUUCUAAGCCUCACCUUUCCCCCCAUUCUGGGUAAGCUCUAAUUAUGACUGAAAUGGAAACACAUGCAAGAAUUUGGCGGCGCCGAAUUUCUUCCUUAUCCUAAAAUCUUCUCCCCUUUUCCCUAUAGAUUCCCCCCUUCUAGAAGGAAAUAAAAGGAGGAAACCUCGGAAUGGAAGCUUCUACAUCGUCUGUGUCUUGUCUGCAAGGGGGAGAGGAUACUAAUAAGCUCACUACAGCAGCUGAAGAAGAAGAAGAUGAAGAUGAGUAUAUACAGAGAUUGGUUGAGAGAGAAAUUUCCAUUGAUGGGGUUCAGAGGGAUUUAUUUAUCAGUGGGUCUUGGAUUCAAGAAGCUCGUUUGGAUGCAAUAAAAUACAUUCUUGGUACAGGAGGGUUAUUUGGGUUCAGUAUACAGACAGCAUACUUAUCAGUGACAUAUCUUGAUCAAUUUCUGUCAAGAAGAUCCAUAGAUGGUGAAAAAGAUUGGGCAAUGAAGUUAUUAUCAAUGGCUUGCCUUUCAUUGGCUGCUAAAAUGGAGGAGUGUAGAGUGCCAUCACUAUCAGAAUAUCCCAUGGAAGGAUACAAUUUUGAGACCAAAUUCUUGCAAAGAAUGGAGCUUUUGGUACUCAAUGCAUUGGAAUGGAGAAUGGGACUUAUCACUCCCUUCGCCUUCACCCGAUAUUUCGUGGUGAAGUUUAGCGAAAACUGUCGAGGAAACGCCCAAUCGCCAAUCGAUCAAGGCGCUGUUGUGUCGAGAUCUAUGGAGAUAAUGUUGAGAGUGAUGGGAGACAUAAAGUUAAUGAGUUACAGAUCAUCUGUACUAGCUGCAGCAGCAACAUUGCUGGCAUUGGAUCAAGGACUAAUAAAAGACACCAUUGAGGUUAAGAUAAAUGCCUUACCUACAAGUGGAUUCAUUAAAAUUGACGAUCUGUUGUUCUGCUACAAUCAAAUGAGGGAGCUCGACACGCAAAAAAACGAGUUGCUAGAGUGCAGCAUAGUGACUCCUCCCUUGUCACCGAAUCAGCUGCUGAUGAGCUCGAAAGAAAAUCCUUUAGUUUCCUACUCGCUUAGCUCUCGGAAGAGGCUAACGUUCCAGGGUAGCGAGCAUAGCCCUGGUUUGCCAGAGGAGAAGCGCCAACGCUAAUUGGCAACAGGUUCAGUUUUGUACUGACACUAAAACCGUUCCAUUUAACCUGUUUUACUCGUGUAAUGACUUGGGAUUGAGUGUUUAGACUACUACUUGGAUGCAAGGAGAAGGCGAAAUCAAUUCAGAUGAAUAAGAAAAAGGGCUAAAAGCCGGACAUUGGCCAAGAAGCUAACUUCAAGUCUUUGAGUUUAAAUUUCGAGUUUAUAGAGUUGGGGUGGAAAAGGGCCUCGUUAUAAUGAUAUAACUAUAUAUAUAUAUAAGAGGUUACUAGACAUCGUAUCACUGGAUUUAGGUCUAUAUAUAUAUUUUUUUGAAAGAAGUUCUUUGUAGCGGUUUUUAGGUACACAAUGACUUGCUGUCCUCGAUUUAGAAAGGGCGUGUUUGGAUGUUUCGAUUUGGUUUGUUUGUGCAUUUCUAAAAGGUGAAAGCAAGUGGGGUUUAAAAGGGGAAAAUCUGUAUGGGUUUGGGAAGAUGUUUGUGUGAUUUGGAGCACAUUUUGUGAAGGUGAAUCAUGAAAUGUUAAUUUGUUUGAAUGUUUGGAGCAAGGGGUUCUGAGGUGGGGCCUUUGAUCUCCUUUUUCUCCUAUGAAGUUGUGUUGAAAAGGUUGUGGAAAAUCUUAAAAAAAUUAAAUUGUCUGGAAAGGAAAGAAUUUCCAUUUUGAUUACAUUUUAAUGAACAAUUCUUUGUACUUUUUGUCUCCUAU